AUGCCGUCGCAGCAGCAGCAGCAGCAGGCGGCGGCGGGGUCGACGCGGUGGUGUCCGACGCCGGAGCAGCUGAUGGUCUUGGAGGAGACGUACCGGGGCGGCCUGCGCACGCCCAACGCGUCGCAGAUCCAGCAGAUCACGGCGCACCUCGCCUGCUACGGCCGCAUCGAGGGCAAGAACGUCUUCUACUGGUUCCAGAACCACAAGGCCCGGGACCGCCAGAAGCUGCGCCGCAUGCUCUUUAUGAGCCAGAGCCACCACCUCCUCUCCUGCGCGCAGUACUACGCUGCGGUACUGGCGCCGCGCCACGGACACCAGUUGUUGCUCUCCCCGUCAUCGACGUCGCCCACCCCACCAGCUGCUGCUGCCGCUGCGGCGUACGGCUACUACUACUCCGCCACGGCCUUCGCUGAACCGGCGAGCAGGUGCGCCGGCAACGCCACUCUCCCGUCGCCGACGGCCCAGCGGCUGUUCCACUAUCACUACACGACGGGUGGCAGCGGAGGAGGGCUUGUGCCGGCGGAGGCGCUCGGCCGGCCAGAGUACUCGUCGCUGGACAACUUCGGCGUGGCGCUCGACGAUGUCGUGGUGAGCUCCGCCUCCGCCGCCGUCGAAAUGACGCCUCCGGGGUUCGAGGUGGUGGUGCCGCCGCCGCCGGCUGCUGCCUUCUGCCGGCCGCUCAAGACGUUGGACCUCUUCCCCUGCGGGCUCAAGGAAGAGCAGCACGACGUGGCCUGA